AUGGAGAGCAGCGACCGGGACAUGUACCGCCAGUUUCAGGACUGGUGUCUCAGGACUUACGGGGACUCAGGAAAAACCAAGACGGUGACCCGUAAAAAAUACGACCGGAUCGUCCAGCUCCUGAACGGCUCCGAGUCGAGCUCCACGGAUAAUGCCAAAUUCAAAUUCUGGGUCAAAUCUAAAGGCUUCCAGCUCGGCAACUCGGACGAGGUCAGUGGUGGUGCUGGAGGAGGGAAGCAAGUGCUGUACGUGCCAGUCAAAACCACGGAUGGAGUAGGUGUAGAUGAGAAGCUGUCUUUACGGCGGGUAGCCGUCGUAGAAGAUUUCUUUGACAUUAUCUAUUCCAUGCAUGUGGAAACUGGGCCUAAUGGAGAACAAAUCAGAAAACAUGCUGGACAAAAGAGAACGUAUAAAGCAAUUUCAGAGACCUAUGCCUUCCUACCGAGAGAAGCGGUGACACGAUUUCUAAUGAGCUGCUCAGAGUGCCAGAAAAGAAUGCAUUUAAACCCAGAUGGAGCGGAUCAUAAAGAUAAUGGAAAACCUCCAACCUUGGUGACCAGUAUGAUUGAUUACAACAUGCCGAUUACUAUGGCCUAUAUGAAACACAUGAAGCUGCAGCUACUAAAUUCACAGCAAGAUGAGGAUGAAAGCUCUAUAGAAAGUGAUGAGUUUGAUAUGAGUGACUCGACUAGGAUGUCAGCUGUGAACUCCGAUCUCAGCUCAAAUCUGGAAGAGAGAAUGCAAAGUCCUCAGAACCUCCAGGGCCAGCAGGAUGAUGAUUCAGCCGCAGAGAGUUUUAAUGGCAAUGAGACCGUGGGACACAGUUCCAAUGCUUCAGGGGGAACACACUGCAGGGAGAUGGCAGAAACCAACAGUAAUGGCAAAACAAAUCUGGAGCAGGAUGAGCAGCCUCUGAACCUGAGUGACAGUCCCCUCUCUGCUCAGCUGACUUCAGAAUACAGACUAGAUGAUCACAGCAGUAAUGGAAAGAACAAAUACAAGACUCUUCUAAUUUCUGAUCUCAAGAUGGAACGGGAGGCAAGAGAAAAUGGAAGCAAGUCCCCUGCGCAUAGCUAUUCAAGCUAUGACUCUGGCAAGAAUGAGAGUGUAGGCAGAGGUGCUGAAGAUCUGUCUCUGAAUCGAGGAGAUGAGGACGAGGAUGACCAUGACGAGCAGGAAGAUCCUGAGAAGGUUAAUGAAUCAGAUGGGGUAGAAGCUGAGCGGCUGAAAGCUUUUAACAUGUUUGUCAGGCUGUUUGUAGAUGAAAACUUGGACCGAAUGGUCCCAAUCUCUAAGCAGCCCAAAGAAAAGAUCCAGGCUAUCAUUGACUCAUGCAGGCGACAAUUCCCUGAGUAUCAAGAGCGUGCCAGAAAACGCAUACGUACUUACCUCAAGUCCUGCAGGCGGAUGAAAAGAAGUGGUUUUGAGAUGUCACGACCUAUUCCCUCACACCUUACUUCAGCAGUUGCAGAGAGUAUCCUGGCUUCCGCCUGUGAGAGUGAAAGCAGAAAUGCUGCAAAAAGGAUGCGGUUGGAUAGACAGCAGGAUGAGGCUGCUCCAGCUGACAAACAGUACAAACAGGAGCCAGCCCAGGUCACUUACUCAACAUCAGCUGUUUCCAGCACACAGGAGGUGUUGUACAUCAAUGGAAAUGGGACCUACAGUUACCAUAGUUACAGAGGGCUCGGAGGUGGGCUGCUAAAUCUCAAUGAUGCUUCUAGCAGUGAUCUGCAGCCUACCUCCACCACAGCCACGACUCAGCACUGCAUCCCAGGCACCACGAACGUCCAGUCCCCUUCCAGCUCAGGUCCAACAGAUCUCAGUAUGAAGAGGCAGUUAGCAACCAGCUCUGGAUCCUCCAGUAGUUCAAGCUCUAGACCCCAGCUGAGUCCAACUGAAAUAAAUGCAGUGAGGCAGCUUGUGGCAGGGUAUCGAGAAUCAGCUGCAUUUUUAUUGCGCUCUGCAGAUGAACUGGAAAACCUUAUUUUGCAGCAGAACUGA